ACAUUACCUGAAAAAAAAGCUAUCAAAACAUUGAAAGUAUAGCGAACUUCGGGACUUUAUACAAUGUCAAAAAAAUAUUGGCAGUCAACAUCUGAACGCAAACGGUUGCAGUAAGAAUAUUUUAAUUGGUUGUAAAAAUGUAAUCAUAUGUAAUAGUUGAGCAAGUAAUCACUGUUCGGCUGGAUUUAAACAAAUUAUCCGAGAAAUCUGCAAGCAAAAUAUCCGGUGUGUGACAGACUCUCCAUAAACAAAAUUGGAGGUCAAGGUAAAUUAAUUUGUACGGCAACUCUUACCAUGGGUGAUUUUGUAGUUAAGAUCUUGUUGGAAGGCUUGUCAACCUAAAUAAAUCCUUUAGUAUUGGAGCUAUUCUCCAUCAAAACUCACUAGUUUGAAAAUAUAACAAGUAUUUUACAAACAAUUAAAACCGACCACAAGUGAAAGGAGUAGUUAAAAUGACAAGAGGUAAAAAUCAAAGACGUAACCGUCGCAAGCAAGAUGGACAAGAAGCAAUUGAUCGCUCAUUCACCGAUCCUCUCAGUUCCAUAAUGGAUAAAUCGAAUGAGAGUAUAGAAACUGAUGAUCUUGAUUCAACUUUGAAAAUAGAUCAGGAAACCUUUGAUCCAAAUCUCCGUACACCAGAAGCUGUAUUGGCCAAUCCACGGAGUCAAACUGACACUUUACAUUACAAAGAUCUCAGUCCAGAGGUGAUUGCAAAAAUUCCUAAGAUUAAGUUUGAUAUUGAUGUGCCAGAUUGUGAUACCGAACAAAUUGAACCAAUAGUUACAAAUACAACACUAGAAAUAAGCUUGGAACAUGUGCAAUUGGAUAAGCAUGAAUUUGAAGUUACUCCACCAAAAUUUGAGCGGGUUCAAGAUGAAGCGUUGGAUGAAAACUUGAAUCAUUAUUUAUUGAACAAAACUAUAUCUAUUAAUGAUGCAACGAACCUCGGAUCCACAAUGGAACUCAACAGGGGGAUCAACAAAUAUUGCAACACUGCUGCUAGUUCUUCAACAUAUGACAUGCCUCUUACCACCUUCAGAGACACCGACGAUCCUGAGAAAAAUUAUCAAUGCCAAAUGGAGAAUUACAAAAGCAAACAGUUCAAGUGUGAAUUCCAUGAUCUUGAAGGAAGUCUUUCGUUUGGAUCAAAAGACUGGGUGAAUCAGUCAACGAGUAGAUAUUUUACAUUCGACGGCAUGCAGAUGCAAAAAUUUUUGACAACUCAUGAAACCUCCCUUGCAGAAAAUGUGAAUUGGUAUGGAACGAAACAAAUAGUCCCGAGUUUGGAACAAUUAAAAAUUUUGAAAACUUAUUCUGAGCCCAGAAUGCUGCCACCUAAAUAUCUGCAUGAAGAAAUUAAAAGUACCACUAUGAAUGGCUAUUUUGAUAAUGAAAAUACAUCCCACCUAAUAAACAAAGAUACCGACGAAGAAAAUAAUGCUUCUCGGAGCAGCUCACCUCCAGCCAAAAGAAGCCGUACUGCGCUGAGAUUUGAGAGUGAGACAUAUGAAAAAUCAACUUCGUCAAUAUCAAGACCUCCGUUUUUCAAUUUCCCAAACAAGGGUGAAAUUUCUCCCAUAGAAGAUGAAGACAAAUUAGCCCCACCUUUGACAACAUGUUGGGCUAGCUGCUCUGCUUCACCCAUAUCUGUUGAAUUGCCAACUGUUUCAGAUUCGGACGGAAAAUCCUCAAGAGUGGAGAUCGAUACGCAGACUUUGAAUUUUGAACAUCCCAACAUAAGUCCAACACAUUACUUUCACUUGUCAAAAGCACUGCCUGUGCCGAUAGAAGUUUCAAAACAAAGUUUUCGAAAGGCUACUGAAUUCUGCUCCUGGUUGGCAAAGAAAAUUUUUGAACUACUAAGAAAGGGAUACGUGUGGCUCCAUGGGACACUUUUAAUAAAGUUUCAAAAACCUGCCCAAGAACCUGACCUAUUGGUCAAGGAGCUUACUCAAUUGGUUACCGCUAUACGGCGCGAAAAUGAACAAACAGUAUUGAUACUAAGCGAGAAGGUAUCACAUCUCUCAGAAGAGUUGCUUCAGGUCCGUGUACGGAACGAAGUAGCUUUGUCAGCUCUGACAACAGAAGUUGCUGGGAUGCGCAAAGCCAGUACCAGUCUUCUACAAAACAAUACAGUUUUAACGGAGCAAUUAAAAUCGCUGCAUGACACACUUAAUAACACACAAUCAGAAUCAUGUACGCCACCUCCUCCGCCACCGCCACCACCUCCUCCUCCUCCUCCUCCUCCAAUGCUAUUACAACCCACUACUCCAACCACAUCAAAUAGCAUUAGGAGUGUGAGAACGCCAAGUAGAAAGUGCUCUACUCCGUUGCAACAAGCUAGACCUGCAAUUACAGUUGAAGAUCUACUGAAAGUCACUUUGAAAAAGGCACCCCAAAAAAUGAAGGAAAACAAAGCAAAUACUCCCGGAGUGCCAAAAGGUCCAGUGGUAUCAUUGGAUAUGCUGCGUAGCGUGAAGCUGAGAUCGGCAAGGCGUAGAUCAGCCGAACAGAAUCUAAGAUCGCCAAGAAGCACAUCACUAUCCGUGAGAUCUCGUCCUUCUACAUCCCUAAACUUAUCUCCGAUUACGGCAAAGAGAGAAAGCUCGUUAGGACGAAUCCUGAGACAAGUCGAUACCAAUAGACGUGGAGCAAAGCGGGCUUUGUCCAGUCCCACACCUAGCCAAACAGAAUUAUCAAAAGACAGUCCUCUUACUUUCAGCAUAGCAAGACAAAGCAAGUCCCACACUUCGAUGGUAUAGCUAUUAUGGAUUGACUCUGUAAUUCAUCGGAUACAGUGAUCAGAUCAAACUAGCAAAUACAAGAAAGUAUGAACAUGCAUGAUACCUGGACAAAGAAUCCAGUGACUUAGUUCUGUUCGCUCGACUGAACUAGAUAAAUUUAUUUUAUCGUUUGGACAAGGGCUCAUGCUAGGUCCAUCGUUACGAAAUAUUUAUGAAAUAUAAUUAGCCCAUAAAAAUUUAAAUGUAAAAUAAAAAAGGAAAGAAAAUAUUCAUCCCCCAGAAAAUACUAUUACCAGCACCGAAUUUGAUAGUUUUUUCAACGGAACAAAACUCUCAAAAAAAUAAUGAUUUUAUAUUUGUGCUUAUUGCGCAUAGAUUUUAAUGAUUAGCUGAACCCAUUCGGCAAUAAUAUAUCAAUAGCUGUCAUGUAAAUUGUAGGGGAAAAAAUAUAAUAUAAAUACCUCAAUUUCAAUCCACUCUAGUAAUGUUGAUUGAUCCGGACAAGACGGCAUUAGCGAAUGAAUCGUAACUAAAAUUGUACGUGUUCUCGAAAUCACGAAGCAAUGACUCGGAAGUGUGGGUGAAUGACGAAACCAGGUAAAAGUCAAUGGUGAGGAACGACAGGAAACAGACCAAAUGAAGAAAAAUCAUGCUCAUUCACACAAGAUUCACACCUUAAAUCAAGGACCGAGAUCUACGCCGUCGUACAUUGUAGGCUCAAUGGUAAUUUUACUAUAUCUGGUAGUUGAUAUAAUUUUGUUGAGGCCAUGAGUUCAUAACGGUAAGAAAGUGAGGUAACAAAUGUUCAAUUGCAAAAGUAGUAAGAAUCCGAAUAAAUUCUGCAAAUUGAAUUUACAAUCAGUUUCAAGUGAUAAUAUAUUGUAGCCAAAGAUUUAUAAGGAUCACGUUAUUGUCUAGCUAAAUCCACUCCUCAAUAAACAUGUGUCCUAUCUAAGGUGGCGGUUACCGAUAAAGCACAUCAGAGGCAUAAUGACAUUAUUCGUUUGUUUUAUAAAUGGUUGAUGGCAUAGACAGUAAUAAUUACUUUAUUUCCAGUUUUCAUGUGUGGCUUUACAGGAAAAGUCAUACUUGGUGUAUCGUAUUAAUUUUCUAGUACAGAGUGAACGCAUGCGAAUUCCAAAAUAUGAUUUCUUGUUCCUAAAUUUUUUUUUCUUUUUUUCAACCGAAUUGCGUGUGUGUGUUGCCUACAUUGUCAGCAUUGGCAUUUGUCUUGUUUUAUUUUUUUUAUGUAUUUUCUUAUUUUUUUUCAUUUUUGUGAUUUAAUUAUUAUAUGCCUUGUGGUAUUCAAUAAUUUUACAAUAUAUAUUCAACGUUUCACUAUUGCAAAAGUUAAUCUUAAUUACUUCAUUCGGCUCCUCGUACAAUUAAAAUUAUUAUUAUUAUUAUACUUACUUAUGGUAUUAUCAAUAUUAUUUAAUGUUAUUCUUUGUAAUAUAUUUAUAAUAUAAUUAAUAAUUAUUAUUACUGCUAUAAUACUUAAAUGUAGGGGCACGCCACACACCAAUUUUCACAAAUUGUUUUUCCAUCUUCAUUUUUGAAGCAUGCCCGGUGUCCGUCUUGAAAGCGUACGCUCAAUUCAAACUCUCAAAGAUUUUAAGUAAAAAAUAAAUCACUAACAAAGUGAUAUCGCAGCAAUGUACUCUACGUCACAUCUAUGGUCAACGGAUACAAUGUAAACUUUGCCAUCAGAUGUUCGGUGCAAUAUGACCAGGUAUCCAACUUGUUAAUGGAAAUAUCAUUUACAUAGAAUCUUCGCAAAAGCCUCAAGCCAUGUGUAAAAGGUAGAGAGGGGGAAAAGAGAAUGGGUGAAAACAAGAUGAAAAAUGGAGCACAUGUCUUUUUAGUUCGAUCGAAGGGAUAUUUUUGAAAAUAAUUCAUAAUGUAAAAAAAAUAUUGGAAAUAAUUUAUAC